UGUGGUUUGAUUUCGCAUGUUCUUUCUUUAGAUUUCGUUUCAUCGUUCGGCUUAUCUCUCCUUUAGAAUUUACCACCCUCUCUUCCGUUUCAUAGACAGCGCCUAUAGACAGCAUACCAUGGCCCAACCGCAAGGCUCCUUCUCUGCCCCGCCGCAAGUCGUCUCGUUCGAUGGCAUUCUGUCCGACUUUGAUGGGACCAUCGUGGAUUCUACCGAUGCAAUCGUCAAGCACUGGCACAAGAUCGGAGCGGAACUAGGCGUUGACCCCAAGAUAAUUCUCGCUACCUCGCAUGGUCGCCGAAGUAUCGAUACCUUGGCCCUGUACGACACGUCAAAGGCCAACUGGGAGUACGUCAGCUACAUUGAAGGCUGUAUCCCGAAAGAGUACGGGUCCGAUGCUGUAGAAAUCCCCGGCGCCAGAUCUCUCCUCUCGGCUCUGGACGAAGCUGGCGCACGCUGGGGCGUGGUCACCUCCGGGACACGCGCGUUGCUCGAGGGCUGGUUGGGAGUCCUGAAUCUCACGCAUCCCGACAUGCUGGUUGUCGCGGAGGAUGUCGAGUUGGGAAAGCCCGAUCCACGAUGCUAUCUCCUGGGUCGUGCGCGCCUGGGAUUGGAGAAUUCCUCGUCACUGGUGGUUCUUGAGGACGCCCCGUCCGGAAUCCGCGCUGGCAAGGCGGCCGGAUUCAAAGUGAUUGCGCUUACCACGACCCACACGCUGGCCCAACUUCAGGAAGCCGGGGCGGACUGGAUUGUGGAGGACCUGAACAGCGUUUCGGUGAAGGCCGUUGCCGAUGGCCAGAUUCAGCUCGAGAUCCGGAACGCAUUCCAAUAA